AUGGCCAAGAGCAAGGAUCCGAAGGAGAGCAAGACGGACAGGUUGAACAACCUUGACCGAGAUAUCAGAGAGCUACGCGAGCAACUCGCAGAAUGCGACAGGCGCAUCGAAGAACUCAACGUUCAGUACGAGAAGCAGUCGAAUAGUCGAUCGAUCUUUGCGAAAUCGACCGGCAAAACGCUCUCGGAAAUCUACGACGAGCAAGCGGCUAUCAGUGCCAAGCUGAGGCAGAAGGAGGUCCUCUUCGAGGCUGUUAUGGGCGAGGUCGAGUCGAGCAGCAGCGACGAGAGCCGGAGGUCUCAUGACUCUGGUUUCAGCUGGAACAGCGGAUCAUCCAAAUCAAGCGAUCCUGCAACCGUCGGCUGGUAUUGCGGCAACUGUGGCAGGCUCAACUACACCAUCUUUGACGGACCGGACAACUGGUGCGGUUGCGGUCACCAAUAUUGCGAGGCCCCGAUCCCAAUCCAAGUUUCGAAUGGUGUCGAUCGUGACGGCAUUGAGACUUUCCAGGAAAUAACCGUCUGGCACUGUACAGCCCAAUACACCUUUUCUCCUAAUCAAGCAACCGCAAACACUCCCGUCAUCUCCAUUCGGAAGCUUCCGCCUUCACUAUCCGCCUUGCGUUCGGCGCAAGACGUCGCAUCAGAAUUGGCGUACCUCACCGGGCGGCUUAAUGAGACCGACGUAUACGCACCAGAAGCAGUACCGGUUCAAUACAAUGUAGAAGGAGAUCCAGAGAGUGGCCUUGUAGUCCUCCCAAAGAGCGCACAGAUUGCGAAUUUGGGGAGGAAAUACAGAAAAGUCAAGGCGGAACUUGACGAGGUGAAGGCGAAGGCGAUGGCGGAGGUGAAGGCUGCCGAAGCAACAGUGGCAGAUACUGCGAUCGAGGAGAUGACUAAAUCUGAAGAGACCCUGCAGACGACUAACCAAGAGGAGAUUCCAGAGACAACCAAAACCGAGGAGACCUUGGAGUCAACCAACCUCUCGGAUACCCUAGGGACGACCACAACCGGGGAGACACCAGAGACAACGACACCCAAGGAGACCCUGGAGAAGGCCAACCUCAAGGAAACCUUAGAGACAACCGCAACCGAAGAGACCCCAGAAACAACCGCUACCAAUGUGGCCCUGGAGACAACCGCCCUGCAGAUCACGGCUGGGGCCUUACCGACGAAAGCGCGGAAAGUUGCGUUUCAAGAGCCCUCUGACGACGGUAACCCGAUCUCUUGA